AUUUGCAGCUCGGCCUUCGAAUAUCCGAUUUUACCUAGGUUAUAAUCGGCGUCUCGCCAAUUGUCCUUUAGUAGCUAUCGUAUUCUUCGUAUCCCGAUAUUGUGCGAAGGAAUCAACCGGCUUGAUGAAGAGACAGACCGUUGUCACCGAAACACAAACUUCGGGUGUAUAGCACCGGCCAUGCAUCGUGCAGUGACAGGGCACGAUCAACAAGACACGACAAUGGCACGACUUUGCUGAUGCAUUAUGAUUCAUAUGUUUUUGUUGUUAUCAGCUCCGUUGUUGCUAUCGAUACCUUUAUUCUAUUCUUGAUUAUCGACUAUUUAGAUAAAACCUGCUGUAACAUACACGGUAAUUGCUGUUGUUCUUGACACUCAUUGCUGACGCCAUAGAGCCACUCUUAUUAUUAUCUAAAUGUGUUUGUUUAGCCACAGCUCUGACGGUUACUAAAUGAGAUAUUACAACAAUAGUACAAUAAUACUUCUGCGGGAACACCGACUUAGCGGACUAGGAUGGUUUUUCAUAGAAAAAGCCGUUACUUGUAGACCGGUCAUACGUCGUGAUAAACAGGUGACAAACAGUUUCGCAUAAGUUAAGCAUUUCGAAACAGGCUGGAAACGCUGUGGGUUGCCCGGCGUCAAACAGGCGGGAAACACUAGAUAGUUCCAAGAUGUGAGGGGUACUGUAGAAGUCGAGCUUGAUUUGCUGUUACUUUGUUGCGAAUGUUACUGCAAUACUUAAUGCAAACGCGAAUCGGAGUUAACCGUUUAAUUAUUAUCAAUACUAUUACCCAGUGACUGUCUUUCUUCAAUAAUGUAUAAACGAUGCUUACUUCCGACUGGAAUGAAUGAAUGAACAGCUACCGGCGUACUUAGAACCGGUAUGAUUAGUAAUUAGCUUAUAUUCAAGUUUGUUUGGAACAGUACUAGUCUAGUCUUUAACUUGUAGGUCGAAGCCUUGUGCCUUAUUAGCCUCUGUUUGUCGUACAGACACGUUACCUCUGCACCAUCAUGGAGAGAGAUAAAGAAUCAACCAGCAAAUGCAAGCAGGGUCAUCAGGAAGAGGAUAAUCGGUGUUUACAUCGUACGCCACUUCUUUGCCUCUAGAAAACAUUAUAUAUCUUGCGUGCUUGCUUGCUGCGAAUGCAGUAUGUCGUCUUUCCUCGCAAGCGUCUCAUUCGACGAGAAGCUGAUUUUAUUGAGAUGAGUGUAAGACAUUACCUAGUGUGCAGUGUCAUAACAGCCUUAGGAGUCAAAGCAACAUAUACCAACUAGGAAUCGCCACAGACAACGGAAGCUGUGAAUUUAGCGGCAUACCAAUUUGGCAACGCUGGCUAAAGUCUCACACCGUUACGGCAAAUACCUGGACUACAAGCGGUCCCGGGCUCGUAUACAUCUUGUUUUGAGUGAACCUACAUAGCCACCAUUAUUAUACGAUAUAAGGAUCAAAGCAGCGGCAGGGGCUGCGACGACGGAGAAUCACUUGCAGCAAGCGACGUCCGUACAGUUCUUUUUUUUGUCUCUCUUGCUGCUACUUGUAUCAAACGAAUAGUUUGCUUUAGAAAAUUGUAUUUGCCUGCAGCACUGGUUGAUUGUCUCGUUGCUUGGUUCAGCAGGCAGGCAGGCAGGCAGGCGAUGGGCGUGCGACCACCGCACCCUCGCGAGUGUUGUCCGUUCAUCCAUGGGUUCGUACGUCCGAUUCUGUCUCCGCGCUACGCGCGAGUCAGUUCUUUCCGUCAGCUUUGCGGUCAGCGGAGCAGCGCUCCAGAGGCGCGACCAGGCUACCCGAAAUGAAGCUCCUCUCUAGCAGAAAUCCGCCAAAGAAGGAGGACAAAUAGACAGAUCGGCAAACGUAUCACUCGUACUCCGCCAUUAGUGUCGAUAAUGGCAGACAAACGGCCUCUGCGCAUUGCAAACCACACCGCGUCGUUCUUUCGAGAGGACCGAACACGGGCGUAACGAGCAGACGACAAGUGUCGCUACCAGCAGCUCCGUCACUGAAUAGGAGAUAACAACGUGAGUGGCUCCAGGCGUAAGGCGACAACGUACUACUGCUGAAAUAAACAUCAGCAACGAUUGUAGCCGCAGCAACAUCACCAUUAGCGUCAACUUAUUCAGCUGCCACUAGUCACCACCGUAUUUGUUGCUACGGCCGCCGCUGUCUGUUGCCUACUCGCUCAAUCAAGCGCCCAGUGACUCUGCGCAUCGACCGUUUUCCAAGAGAGUAUUCGUAUCAUAGCAGUAGAAAUAGAAUCACAGUCAUAUUGUUGAGUGUCCAUCAUCCUGCCGCAAUAGCAGAAGCAGUUUAUUUUCACUUGCGGGCGGACGGCCGACCGUCGUUGCAGCUCUUACCGUUACGUAACGAUAUACGCUAGUACUGCCACAGCAACCACGCAGGACACCUCACGCUGCCACCACGCCCAGUAUUAUUACGGUUACAUCGUCACUACAAAAAGCACCAUUCACUGCUGCCAUCGCAGCGCCAGCCAUUGGCAAACAAGUGACACCUAAAGAACCUGCAGCAACUUGGCCUGUAGCUGUGGCUAGGGCCAUACCGGGUCACAAAAUAAAAGACAACCUACGGAGACAAAGCCCACACCAAAGGAGCAUGGACGUAACGUGCACGGUAUUGUCGUUUUUUUAACUACACUAUGUACUCUGAAUUUAUGCUUUGAGUGCUUGUCUUUUUGGCCCUGCGCCCUCAAUCCGAUGUAACACUGGAACAGCGAAACGUGAAAAUUAGUGUGGAUCGACCUGUCAUCGAUUCGAAUCUACGAAAACAUCGUUCCCCGUAGAACGUGGACUUAGUUAUUAUUAUACAUGGAGUUUACAUAAAUUAUAAGUCCGAUCUCAUUGGCUAGCUCAAAUGACCGUAUCCGUUCUAACGUGUCCUUCAGCGUCAAUAUCCCAGUGUUUAACCAAAGUGUCGACUAGUACGGGUCCGUUCAAAGAGCACCACGACUAAUCGGUUUACCAUAUUCCCGCUACCAGCAGCGACAAUGGCGUCCUAUUGUUGCUCGCCAGCUCCGUCUAUUUCGUUGGUCCCAGAAAAAAACUAUAGCUUUGCUUAGGCCGAAACGUGCUUCGUCAAGAGCAGCGACAUUGGGAAUCGUAAGAGCCAAAACAACAACAGUAACUACUGAUCUUACGAAGUACUAUUACAGGCCCAGAGACUCUCACUAACGUUCUACUGCUAAUUAUCUUACCGGCGGAUGUUCGAACCUGCGAGGGCCGACUGCUGGGUAACCCCUCAGCAUGAACUAGAUUCAACCAGACCUCGCCAGGGGUAGACUGCAGUGCGCGCGAUUGUUUUCAAUGCAUUAUACGUGUGUUCAUAUCAGGCAAGGGAUACGACGCGCCAAUUACUGCCAGAAUAACGAUUGCUUCUUCUGCUGCGGCCGCCGCCGCCACCGCCACCGCAACAACAACGCUGCCUUAACAUGGAGCACUUCAGGACCGAGGAAUAUACUAUGGUAUAAGUGACAGGCAAUGUAUACGAGUGAGAUAAGCCUAUCCUAAAUGACAGCCUGCAGCUUCACUGCCUGACGAUAAGAACGAAGCCCUUACCUACUCAAAGAAAUAUGGCGACUCUUGGAAAAGACAUUGACAAGAAAAACAUUGAAUCAUACCUCACGUCGCCUCGCCGCCGUUCCGUCGUCAUUGAUGAUGAGCGUUGCGUCGAGAUUCCGAUUCAGAUGAAUCCACAACUCGACGCUUCGAAACUGCGGUCUGUCGCAGGUCGUCCACCUACGCCUAUACCGAGCGACGAAGAAAAUGAUGAUGAUGAUGAACAACAACAACAACAACAAAACGGUAAACUGGGCUCGGGCGAGCACGUAUCGUACGAGGACAAGCCCGAAACCAAGCACAGCGAAAAAGAACUUCAGGGAAUCGGUAAAGAGACAAUAGCUGCGAUCGAAGCGCAAGCGCCACCAGCUAAAGGAUCUCGCCACUAGAUAACAGACAAAUAGAUUAUGAUUAUUAGAUAUAUGCAUCGAUAUCGCAACCACAAAAAUAAUAAUGGGUAGCUACGUAGCUAGGCUAACAGAAGACGCACGCGUCCAGAGUCGGGGAGAAAAGCCCAUACGGAUCAACAUGUAAAUACACCUCAACACAAAUACUGUGAAGCUAAGAACAUCACCGUAGAAAUCUUAAUGACCUGUUCCUUCUCCCACUUUGCCUCAUGUUACCGUACGCGCCAACUAAAAGCUCCCAUACAGGGGCCGACUUCUUCGGCCUUGAAAAACGUUCCAAUGGUUGGAAAAAUGAUGGAAGAGUUGAAAGGAAGGGUUCAUGUGCACCAGAAUGCAUCUGCCAUUUAGUCUUCUCCCACUCUGGAAAACGAUGCAAACGAUGCGAUGAGUACAGUCGCUGUCGGUAUUCUAUUUUGUGCAAUUGAUUUUUUCCACCUUUGUGGUGAUAUGCCCACGAUUCUAUUUUGGUCUGUUCGAGGAUACACUAUCAACGCAACAAAGAUGAAUGAAUCAACAGAUAUGAUAGCGAUACGCAGAUAAAGCACUGGGUAUAGUCACGGUGAAAACGCGCCGAUCUCAAGUCUCCUUGGUGCAUUCGUUGUUUCGAGUAGCCAUAAAUAUUCGUAUAAAUGAUGAUGGUGAAACGUUGCGUGAAGUUGUUGAAGAGCACAUUAUUUAACAACAGAUAACUACGCGGGUGUGCGAAUUAAAGAAGCGAGCGGAAGAGAAAAUUAUUAGGGGUCGCCCAUCAGUUGCCCAAGUACUGAUGGUAAUGAUGGAAAAUGGUAUGAUAAUGUCAAUGUGCUUAUGAUGAUUCUACAUACAAAAGAAUAAACACAAGAUAAGCUUUGUAGAAAAAACAGGU